AUGCGCUGCUUCAGCGCAGCCGCCAGCACGCCCGCCCGACAGGAUGGGCUGUGUGCAGGCGCCGUGUUCUCACUCUCUCCUCCCCUCUCCCUGCCAGGCUUGCACAUCCUCGCCAUCGUCUUCGCCCUGGAGGUGUCGGUGGGGAAGACCAACACUGUGGUGGCUCUGAAUAACUCUGAUGUCCUGCUGCCCUGCACCUUCGCCACCUGCAUAGGCUUUCAGGACCUGGUCUUCACAUGGUAUUUCAACUCGACAGAGCUGAUUUACCACGGCAAGAUAAAGAGCAAAUCCUCGGAGCCCUUCCUCGUGGGACGCAACCCCCGGGUCGAGUUCGUCGGCUCAACGACGGGCAAGGACAACAACAUCUCCAUCGUCCUGAAGAACGUGGACUUCAGCGAUGCCGGGAAAUACACCUGCCACGUCAAGAACCCCAAGGAGAAGAACGCCCAGCACAACGCCACCAUCUUCCUCACGGUGGUUCAGAAGAUGGUGGAGACAGACAACACUCUGACGCUCAUCAUCGUGGGUGUUGUGGGGGGGGUCAUCGGCCUCCUCGUCCUCUUCAUGCUCAUCAAGAGGGUUGUCCUGUUCAUCAUCAAGAAGGUCCAGGAUGGGAAGUGA